CGUGUUCAUUCAUUCAACUUUAUGAUGACGAUGACGUGAAUAUUAUAAUGUUAAAAAAUAAGAGUAGAAAUAAAUAAAUAACGCAAAAAAGGUUGUAGUGAGGUUUUGGAGAAGAGAAGAGAAACAUCAAUCGUUAGGAUAGGAUGGAGUUGAUGUGUCAUUGUUCAACUUUUCUUCUUCCACCGGAAACUUCUUCUUCUUCUUCUUCCUCCGUUUCUCUAACAUACGCUCUUGUUAUUCUCAAUCAAAAUCUUCCCAAAUUCGCUCCUUUGCUUUGGGACCACGCUCAUACACGAGUUUGCGCUGAUGGUGGUGCCAACCGUGUGUAUGAUGAAAUGCCUCUUUUCUUCCCUCACCAAAAUCCUUCUCAUGUUCGUACCAGGUACAAGCCUGAUGCAAUCAAAGGUGACAUGGAUUCAAUCAGGACAGAAGUACUUGAUUUCUAUGCAAACCUGGGGACGAAGAUAAUUGACGAGUCUCAAGAUCAGGACACCACAGAUUUACACAAAUGUGUUGCAUACAUUCGUGACCUUAUACCAAAUACUGAUAAAUCAGAGCUAUGCAUUCUUGCCGUUGGAGCACUUGGUGGGAGAUUUGAUCACGAGAUUGGAAAUAUUAAUGUGCUAUGUCGAUUCUCCAACACGCGCAUUAUCCUUCUAUCUGAUGAUUGCCUCAUUCAACUUCUUCCGAAGAAUUACUCGCAUAAGAUCUUCAUUCAAUCUUCUGUCGAGGGUCCACAUUGUGGACUCGUUCCUAUUGGGAUGCCAUCCGGAAGUUCUACAACCACAGGACUCCAGUGGGACCUCAAGGACACAGAGAUGAGAUUUGGCGGUUUAGUAAGCACAUCAAAUAUUGUAAAAGGAGAUAUAGUAACAGUACAGUCUGAUUCAGAUCUUCUUUGGACAAUUUCUAUCAAGAAGCUCUAGGUUUUACAUGUUGCAUACUGCACCUGGCUUUCCAUAUCUUCCAUGUCCAUUAAUUAGAUGGGUCUUAUUCCAUUUAAAGGCCAGACUUUCUUCUGACCUUUUUUUUCGUUAGAUCUGCUGACAUUUGUUUACGCUUCUUUUACUUUUCAUUUACUGUACAAAUUAUGGGAGGGUGAAAGGGAGUUAUUCAUUGAUUUGGGAAGUUAUAUUCCCAAUAACCAAUAAUAAUGAAAGUUCAGGAUACAAAGAAGUUACUUAUAUUCCUUGACUCAGAUGUAUGUUUUUGUUUUCCAUUAAUGUAAUAAGCCGAAUAACAUGUUUGGUACCG